AUGCAGUGGAGCAGGAAAUUCAUGUUUAUUUGGGGGUCUACCCUUCUCAGUUUGAGGAUUUCUCAAGCAGCUAACGUGGCUCUGGGUGGAGUGGCUACACAGUCUUCACUGUGGGACGUCUUCCACCCACCAGGCAUGGCCAUUGAUAACUAUGCCACCUUGACCUGCGCUGCCACUUAUACCCAGGACAACGCCUGGUGGAGAGUUGACCUGGGGAGUCAAUACGACAUGCCAGUUAUUGAAGUUACUGGAAGAACAGACUGCUGCCCUGAACAGCUAGAUGGGGCUGAAAUCCGCAUUGGUAACUCACUGGAGAACAACGGCAACAACAAUUCAAGAUGUGCAGUCAUCAAACUGACCGGUGAAGUUGUUAUGACCUUCCACUGCAAGAUGAGCGGACGCUACGUCAACAUUUUCCUCCCUGGAGUAAAUGUAGUACUUACCAUCUGUGAUGUCAAAGUGUACCCUGCUUCCGAAGCUACAGGAGUUAACGUGGCUCUGGGUGGAGUGGCUGCAGAGUCUUCAGAAUAUGAACCACACCCUUCGAUUCUAGCAAGUGUGGCAAUUGAUGGCAAAGCUUUUACAAACUAUUUUGAUUGGAGUUGUACAUCCACUGCGUGGGAAGCCAACCCCUGGUGGAGGGUGGACCUGCGGGGCCCAUAUGACAUCUUAACAAUCGAAGUUACCCGAAGAACAGAUUGCUGCACUACUUUUAUAAAUGGGGCGGAAAUCCGCAUUGGUAACUCGCUGGAGAACAACGGCAACAACAAUCCCAGAUGUGCAGUCAUCACUGUGAGCAGUGACGUUACUAUGACCUUCAACUGCCAGAUGAGCGGACGCUAUGUCAACAUUGUCAUCCCUGGAUCAUAUAGUGCACUGAACCUUUGUGAGGUCAAGGUGUAUGCCACUACUGAAAUUAAAGGAGUUGACGUAGCACCAAUGGGAGUAGCUACGCAGUCUGCAGCAACUACUGCUGAUAUGGCCAUUGAUAAACACCCUGGGCCAAAACAGCCACGACAAACCUGUGCCUCAGUCCGGCUACAAGUCAACCCCUGGUGGCAACUGGAUCUGAGGAGUAUCUAUCGUAUAACUGCUGUGUCUAUCAUGAGCGUCGGAGAAUGCUGUCCAGAGGAGCUGAACGGAGCUGAGGUCCGCAUCGGCUUCAGCACGACUGCCACCAGCAACCAAAGGUGUGCGGUCAUCUCCACUACAGAAGGACAGCGCAUAUACAACUACCAUUGUGGAGUAAUGGAUGGCCGAUUUGUCCAUAUUGUUCUUCCAGGGCUACUGAAGACCUUAACUGUUUGUGAAGUAAAGGUGUAUGGCACUGUUUUGGAAAACGUGGCUUUGAGAGGAGUGGCUUUUCAGUCUUCCUCAACAUUGGAAAAAAAUACUGGAGCAAACAAUGUUAUCGAUGGCCGUCUGAUUACCUGCAGUAAUACGAAGAAACAACCUGGUCAGUGGGUGACAGUGGAUCUGCUGGUUCCUUACAAUGUGACUGUGAUACAGCUUGCCUACUAUCAGGACUGCUGUUACAGUGAUGAUGUCCAAGUGGACAACAAAAGCUGUGGGGUCAUCCCCAGCAGUUCCCAAUCCAAGUUGAUCCUGGAUUGCGGUGGGAUUGUGGGUCGCUAUGUGACCGUUAUGCAUCCUGACACACCACCGCCUCUGUGUGAGGUGGAGGUAUACAGCACUUGGACAAGUCCUCAGAGUUUCCCUCGGCGGGCCCCGCCCCAUGAUCACUGCCUUAGAUGCAUCAGUGACUACAUCGUCAUUCGCAAUGAUCCUAAAACAUGGUUUGAAGCCCAGGCUUACUGCAGAGAGAGAUACGAUGACAUUGCCACCAUCAACAGCAAUCAGGACAUGAGCAGGGUUUUUGAAGUAAUGGGGAAUAAUGUUGAAGAUUUAUGGAUUGGGCUGUAUGAAGACAGUGCAACCUGGAAGUGGUCGGAUGGGAGCGACUUGUCAUUCACAUAUUGGUCUCAGGAAGCACUUACCAGCUCAGGAGAUGGUCCAAACUGUGCUCACGUUUCUGACAGGAAAUGGAGCGUGACGUCCUGCGACAAAAAAUCUAUGUUUCUCUGCACCUACUAUAAGAAGAAAACAAUGGUGAGGAUCAGUACUAAAUUUGACAUGAGUGACCCAGACAUCCAACAACAAAUCUUGAGCCAGGUGAGAAAGAAAAAGUGUAUAAUGUGUACAACCCCGAUUUAAAAAAAAGCUUGGACGCUGUGUAAUAAUAAAACCAGAACAUAUCAAAUUCAAAAUUCAGUAUCUGUUUACAAAGACAAACGUUUGAACAUUAAAUAUAUUGUCUUUGCACAGU